GAAAGAUAAUAAUGUGUCAUUCGGUUGUUGUUUGAUGGCUCGUCGGCUUGCCAAAUUGUUCGCCUCCCAUUUGCGCCAAAACAUAAGGUCAGUGGGCGAUCAUACACAGAAAACCAUGCCGGAAUCAGAAGGAAAGCGAGGUGCCUUUAUCGUGCUGGAAGGAUGCGAUCGAACCGGCAAAACCUCACAGUGCAAAACACUCGUAAACAAACUAGAGGAAGCGAACAUUAAGGCUCGGUACAUGAACUUUCCUGACCGGUCUACGCAGAGCGGGCAGUUGAUAAAUGGCUAUCUUACCAGAAAGGACGAUUUCACCGAUGAAGGGAUCCAUCUGUUGUUCACACUGAACCGAUGGGAACGCAUGAAGGAGAUGGAGAAGGCUCUCAAAAACGGUGUUAAUCUGAUCGUCGAUCGCUACUCGUACUCGGGCGUUGCGUUCAGCAGCGCGAAGGGCCUGGAUUUGGAGUGGUGCAAAGCACCAGAAGCGGGACUGCUAAAGCCGGACUUGGUCAUACUGCUUACACUGUCGCCGGAAGCGCUUGCGAGACGAGGUGGCUUCGGAGACGAGCGUUACGAGGUUCCAGCGUUUCAGAAAAAAGUCAUUGAGAAGUAUGGCUUGCUGAAAGACGAUCGGUACUGGAAAGCGAUAGAUGCUGACAAAACGUUCGACGAUCUAACGGUGGAGCUGUAUGAAGAAGUGCUGCGCACAGUUGAGAAUGCUGGCGACAAGCCGCUAGAGAAAUUAUGGUGACCGGCUUUUGCCAUCCAGUGUGUGUCUUAAGACAACAAGAAAGUUAUUCGUGUAAACAGUUUUAUUUUAAUAGGCAAAGAUUCCAGAAGGGCAUAGAACGUAUAUUGCGAUAGAGAGGUAUAAAUGAGAGAGUAUCAGCAAAGUUAAGAAACGAAUUAAGUGCAUUUAAUAAACCCCUAAUCAGUAUAGUAA